UCUUACCUACAAAAGACAACAUCAAGUCAUGCAUUUCAAAAUGUUUCUUUGCUCACUCACAUAUGUUGCUUCAUCCAACAAAAGACAGCAUUUUUCCAUCUUUUGAUAGUGUAACCCACCCAGAGAGAUUUCCCCACAGCAGUAUGUCAUCGGACCAGACUUCACUUCAGUGGAAGACGGGCCUGGGAACACAAUAAAGAUCAGUACCCUACACACCACAGAGAUCAGUGCCCUACACAUCACAGAGAUCAGUACCCUAAACACCACAGAGAUCAGUGCCCUACACACCACAGAGAUCAGAGAUCUGUACCCUACACACCACAGAGAUCAGUGCCCGACACAUCACAGAGAUCAGUGCCCUACACACCACAGAGAUCAGUACCCUACACACCACAGAGAUCACUACCCUACACACCACAGAGAUCACUACCCUAUACACCACAGAGAUCACUACCCUACACACCACAGAGAUCACUACCCCACACACCACAGCGAGCACUACCCCACACACCACAGAGAUCAGUACCCUACACAUCACAGAGAUCAGUACCCUACACACCACAGAGAUCAGUACCCUACACAUCACAGAGAUCAGUACCCUACACACCACAGAGAUCAGUGCCCUACACACCACAGAGAUCACUACCCCACACACCACAGAGAUCAGUACCCUACACACCACAAAGAUCAGUACCCUACACACCACAGAGAUCACUACCCUACACACCACAGAGAUCAGUACCCUACACACCACAGAGAUCAGUACCCUACACACCACAGAGAUCAGUACCCUACACACCACAGUAUAAGAAUUCAAGGACCUGAACUUUUUUACAAAUUUUUUACACAGCGUCCUACAGCAUAGGUCUACCUGCAACAUACCUCUACAACUUUCAGGUGUCAUCUGUCACUCAUAAUAAUUGAUGUGCAACUGUCUCACCCAGAGGUUUCACCCAAGUAGCCUACCAUUUGUUAAACCAUACCUUUUUUGUUAAACCAACAGGGUCUUACCUUUGAUCAAUAUCGUUCGACAGUUUACCAAAACGAAACCUGAGGUCACCACCACAAUGACAACAAUUCCCAUUGUUCAUUGCUCUCACGUUCACCUCCCUCUCUACUUUCAUCCCUCCUCAAUGUUCUAUGGGGGCUGUAGUUUUUUCUCCCAUGGAAGUAUCCUCCCAUUUUCCAUAGGUUUCGCGAGGUUUGCAUGGGCGGCAGUGUGCAUUUCUCUGCAGGAAGAAUUGAAUAUUUUUGGGAUGAAAUUCGUGUACAGCAGUAUUUGAAUUUUUGGAGGGAUGUCCAAGAAAAGGGGCAGAAAGCGGAGUAGCGGGGAGCUGAGUGAUUCCACAGUGAUGACCCCUGACCCCAACAGUCUCCUGGGAGUAAGAAUACAGCACAAUUGGAGGGAGAAGGGCAACCAGAGCAAAUGGAAAGGCACCGUCUUGGACCGUCUCAGUGUCAACCCCUCACUAUUUAUGGUCAAGUACGAUGGGUUUGACUGUGUCUACGGCAUCGAGCUAUUCAAGGACGAAAGGGUGUCUAAUCUACAGGUCCUGACAGAGAAAGUUGUCAACAACAAGAUCAAGGUUCCUCACGGGGCGGAGGAGUUGGUAGGCAAAGCGGUGGAACACCUAUUUGAGAAGGAGGAUGGAGAGAAGAAUGAGUGGCGAGGCAUGGUCCUCUCCAGGGCUCCCAUCAUGACUAACUGGUAUUACAUCACCUAUGAGAAGGACCCCGUGCUCUACAUGUACCAGUUGUGGGACGACUACGCAGAUGGAGAUCUCAGGAUCUUACCUGAAGCAGAAAAUAAGCACUUGCUUCCGGCCGACCGAAAGCCCGGCGAGGAGACUGAGAGCUUAGUGGGGAAGCAGGUUGAGUAUGUUACUGACAAAGGUGUGAAGCGAACAGGCCUGGUGAUCUAUCAAGUCCCUGCCAAGCCUUCCGUAUACUACAUCAAAUACGACGAUGACUUUCACAUCCAUGUCUAUGACCUGGUCAAGACCACCUAGGACACUUGAUUGCUCACUCCAUUGCUUACUUUUCACGUAUCCUCCUCACUCUCUCUCCAUCUCUCUUAAGGCCCUGGACGGUAUAACAGUUACGCUUUAUUAUUCAGGAAGUGCAAUCUUUUAUUCCACAUUUAAAACUAGUUCUAUGGUAUGCACAGCAGAACUGUAGCAAUGCUAUUGUAGGCCACUAGGAGGAGAGUGGGAACAUGUACACUUGGAAGGACCUAUUUAAACCUCACUUCUUCAGUUACUCCAUUUGGUUGUCGUGCUGCUCAGUAGAUCCACAUCUCGGACAGUCCAGGAGUGCACCUUGCCCUACAAUGACAGACUUACUGUAAAGUGCAAAUAACGACCGCAUUUGAAUUGUCUCCCACAUCCUGAUGCUCAAUUAUCUUUAUUCAAAGCUGAACUGAAUUAUAUAUUAUAAAACGAAUAGUUAAAUCUGGCCCCGAUAGCCAUUCAUAUGUGGUCCUUGAAUGACCAAACAGCAAGCAUGAUGUAUAGGGGAAUAUUUGUAGAGACUAGUUUGAGCUGUAGUGUUCAGUGAAGCCUUUGAAGGAGAAAUGCAAUAAGCUGUGAUGCCCCUGAACAUAUGAUUUGUUUGUUUUUAAAUACUGCCUUUAUUAAUAGGCAACUAUGUUUGAUUUAUGUGUCAGUCAGUUCAUAGACAAUCAUUCCUUGAUGAACCCACAGUGCUAUCAUUGGCUUCAUAGUACUGGGUUGCACUGGCCUAGGAGUACUGAUGGUUCAAUUACUAGUUUGAACAUCAUAAAAAUGAUUCAUAAUGCUGAAUCAAGACUUGUUAGAAACAAGGAAUACAGGUCUUCAUAAAGUUCGGGCAAUUUUUUCCUGACCAGACAAACCUGAUUAAUUUGUAGAGAUUGGGAAAAGGCCUUAACAAUACCUGACCAGGUUCAGAAUCCCAACAUCAUCAGACUAUGAUUAGCUCGAGUGGAAUAGAGGCAGUGCUUUACACUACAUUCUGAUCUUGAAUAGAAAACAAACAUAAAGUGCCUUCAGGCUGAUCAUGUCGCCAUACUGUAUAUAUUUGCUAACCGCUCACAAUGUUAUUCCAUUUACUGUUAAGGCCACUAUUUGGUCAGUAUUAGUCAAAGUAAAAAAUGCUUUAAUGAAAAAGUGUCAAAUGCUGCGUACCAGGUUUUUGCUAUUGUCUGUUUGUAUAAGAGGAUAUGUGCAAUGUUUGGCAGUUAAUGCAGUAUAAGACUAUUUCCUCCAAUCGAACAUCCAUGACCGUUGAUUAGUCUCAUUCAAAUGUUGAUAUUGUAGGGUGCACUUUAAAUUGCUCACAUAAAUAUGCUAAAGAUUUGGCACAUUGUCUUUUUCUGUCAAGAUACUUUUUUUGUGCAAAAACAAGUGGCAUAUUGCAGCAUCGGUAUAUCAUAAUGGUAAAAACGCAUGGAGAAAAGAAAAGGUAUAACACGCAUACAGUAUUUAAUCUAACUUUUGUGUAGUGUAUUGUAAAUGUAUGCUGUUGUGAUUACUCCUGUUAUAUUGUAAAUAUCCCAUUGAAAUACCAGCUUUAAAGUCCAUCUAGAAUUCUCACAUAGAGGAAUGCUGCAAAGACUGCAUUCAAAAAGCCUGCAGCCAGGCUGGCUUCACUUUUUAAUCUUAUUUUAAAGACUUGGGAGCUACAGUACAUAAUGUACAAACCUAAGUAAGUCCAAAACGCAAAUGUUUUGGCUAGAAGUAUUUAAAUUUAGUCUCCUGUCCUUAGUCUCACUCCAGGGCAUACAGUGCAUUCAUUUACACAGUGCAUUGGUCCAUGGUGUACAUAAGGUUAAUUCUAUCGAUUGUCAGAUUUGCAUGCAUCACUUGAAUGCAGCCUUGAGUGCAUUCAAGCAUAUUGGUUAUUUUGACAGUUGCAGAGGUAAAAAAAAAUCUUGUGGGAGUCUUUGCAGACCGAUUUUACUAAAAUGUUUAUGUAGAAAAUGUGACUGUAAAAAAAAACAUUGUCAGUGCUUCUUUGCUACUUGUAUCACCACCAGUUGUGCUGUGGUGUUUCUAUGUACAGUAAAAUGAAACUCCAAAAGAUUGUACACUCUUCUGUUAUCCUCCAUCUUUCAUUCCUCCCAGGUCUGGAAUUGUAGCAAUUACCAACCCAUUUGUGUAAUUAUUUUCAUCAUGAGUAAUAAAGUUAGUUUUUUUUGCA